GGAAACCAAAAGGGAAGAAGAAGAAGAAGAAGCGUCCCGAAGGAACAAGCAGUCAAAGUCCAGAAUGGGAUAUUCAAGAAGUACUUCCUUCAAUGGUAACAGUACGACGGCGCCGGCCAGCAUUACGAUGAUCGCUGUGCUGAUCAUCGCCGUCGGCAUAUCAUCGACGGCGGGACAAGGACUGCUGAGGGAGAACUUCUACGCCGGGAGCUGCCCGAACGUGGAGGCCAUCGUUCAGCAGGCGGUGGCGACCAAAGCCAGCCAGCAGUUCACCACCAUCCCCGCCACUCUCCGCCUCUUCUUCCAUGACUGCUUUGUCACCGGCUGCGAUGCGUCAGUAAUGGUGGCGUCACCAAAUGGAGAUGCGGAGAAAGAUGCUUCCGACAACCUUUCGCUCGCCGGUGAUGGUUUCGACACAAUCGUAAGAUCAAAAACUGCGGUGGAAGCCAUAUGUCCCGGAGUUGUCUCUUGUGCAGACAUCAUGGCCAUUGCCGCUCGUGACGUUGUAGCAUUGGCUGGAGGCCCAUCAUUUGCAGUGGAACUGGGGCGAAGGGAUGGCAUGGUUUCCAAUGCAUCCCUCGUGGCCGGAAACCUGCCGGAGCCCAACAUGACCUUGCCUGAGCUCAAUGCCAUCUUCGCCAGGCACAAUCUCACCCAACUCGACAUGAUCGCGCUGUCCGGUGCUCACACGCUCGGCUUCUCCCACUGUGACCGCUUUGCCAACCGCCUCUACUCGUUUUCCAAAACAUCCACCGUGGAUCCUUCCUUGAACGCAACUUAUGCUCGGCAGCUUAUGAAGGCGUGCCCUCAAAACGUGGAUCCUAGCAUUGCCAUCGACAUGGACCCUACGACGGCACGGACGUUCGACAAUGUCUACUACCAGAAUCUGGUUGAAGGCAUGGGUUUGUUCACUUCGGAUGAGGUGUUGUAUUCUAAUCCGAGGUCUCAGCCAACUGUGCUGGAUUUUGCGAGGAAUGCUGGCGAUUUCAAUGGAGCUUUUUCAUUUGCGAUGAGGAAGUUGGGGCGAGUCGGGGUGAAGACCGGGAGCCAAGGGAGUAUUAGGAGUGACUGCACAAACAUAAACUCUUGAGAAUUGUAGAACAAAGUGCUUCUCCAAAUGGUGCAAUAAGAAGAGGAAAAUUCAUGAUUGUUAGAUUUCUCUCAUGGAGAGAUGUAUAGAGAUUUAUAGAUAUAUGUACACAUACAUCAAAACAGUCAAAGGAUCGAAUAAGAAGACAAUAAAUUACUGAUUUGUCA